GUCCGCAGGCAGGCUGACGUUGGGUAGCUAUUGUUAGCUAGCGAACGUUACACGUCUUUAAAGAAAGCUGAAUGAGCAAGACUCACACAUUGCUUGCUAGUUCAUGCUAGCAAGCUAGCGAAUGAGGCGAGUAGAAACCGUAUUCGUCUCACUUUACACUUAACAGUCUUUAAACUGUCGGGCUGCCUGUCAUUUUGACCAGUUGUUAGUUUAUUUGUAUGGCAUGUAACGGCAGAGGGGGCGACCUUCUCCCACGCCUCAUCUGAUGACUACAGACCAUCACGUUAGAUAUAAUGGUUGACAAUAUUUACCAGAAAACAUCGGUUAGACCAACAAGACUAAACUUAGCGAGAAAUAUGUCAUAUCUGUUAAGCAACUGCUGUGACUGUUUUAUCCUCCAAAUACAAAAGGAUGUGGCCACACUUCUCUGGAUGUACGACAGACGGUGAAGAAGGGGCAGACCUUGUGAAUCCCACACAUCUUACCGCCUCCAUCCAUCCAUUCACUGGCUAUCUGAAUCCCGUAUUUUCUUGCUGAAACGAGAGAGUAUUUAAUUUCACAAAAUAAUGUAGCAAAAAGCUUAGCCUUGAAGAUAUUUGACCUCUUUUAACCCCAUCUUCACAUGGGUUUGGUGCAUUGUCCUUUUAGCUCUUCAUGUUAAAUGGGGCUAAGCACUGGGGCUAACACUUAAGUUCACACUCAUUUGUAGAUUAUUAGACCAAUGUGCCGUGUUUGCCCCCAGUCACUUUGCCGCAGCUGUGCAAUCACUUCAGGUUUAUUUUGUAUGUUUGAAGUGAUUUGAUAGACCACCAGUCAGUCAUCCUCUGGGCUUUUAGGAGAAUGAACGGCUCUCUGUUAACCCCGCCCAGCCCACGGGCGGCAAACUCCUCCCCUUUACCUCCCUCACCCUCCCCAUCUCCAUCCCCUCCAUCUCCCUCUUUGCUGCCCCUGUCACCCCGCCCGCCUCCCCUGCCGCCUCUGGUGAGCCCUCCACCUCAGGCUCAUCCAUCCUCCCUGUCUGACACCCCCACACCUUCUCCCUCGCCCUGCCUGAGCUGGACCGAAUUCUGUGAGCUCCACGCCCGUGUCGCAGCUGGUGACUUUGCACGUCACUUUCGGGCCUUUCUCCUGGAAAACCCCCACUACUCUCCAGAUUCAGCUGCCGCUUUCUGCCGGCGUUUCACCGACCGUUUUGUUCGUCACUUCCAGAGCGAGCUGGAGGGGGCGCUCCCGCCAAGCUGUGCUUCUGCGAGGGACGAUAUGGUGAGCUGGGCUCCCCAGUCAGAUGCUACUUCCCUGGAAGAGGAAGCGGUCUCACCCCUGUCAGCGUCUGGGGGACCUAUUCUCCCAUGUCCCCCAACUAACACAACACGGGGCUUGUCCAAGCCUGCACCGGCACGGCUGGUGUUGGAGAACCGUAGUGGGGACAGGUUUCAAGAUUCUUAUGCCCAGGGCCAAGUCCUGCCCCCGUCUUCAUCAUCGUCAUGUUGCUCAUCAGUAGGAGGGAACAAUGGGAGACGUGAAGAGAGGGGGGCUAUGAUUGGCCCUGGAAAUGGGGAAGCACCAGUUGAAGAAGAGGAGGACAGCUGGUUAGGGGUGACAUCUGUGGGGGAAGAUGCUGAGCCAGAAGAGCAGGAAGGAGAAUCCACAGAGGUGGACAGUGCAGACCCCUCCCACACUCCUCAGAUUCAGCCUUCCUCUGUCACUCCUCCUCCUGGAUCCAAAGGUAACAGUACGCCCAGCUCCUCCAAAAACAAACUAAAGAAGCGCUUUUCCCUGCGGAGUGUGGGUCGGAGUGUUCGGGGCAGUGUGCGGGGCAUCCUUCACUGGCGAAGCUCUUCCAGUGACUCGGCCCAGAGCCAGCUGCCCUCCAGCUACAGCUACACGAUGGGUGUGCAAGACGCUGCCUUGGUUUCAACUUCGAAGAGGAACUCUGGUACACAGCCUCCCACACCCACCUCCUCCAUGCCUGUUUCUCUGUCCAUGCCCCUCUCCCUUCCUCACUCCUCUUCCUCCUCACUGCCUCCCUCAUCUUCGAGCAGCGCCACCUCUCUGUCUCUUUCGGAGGCUGCUCGCGAUCGGCGGCGGAGCAACGGUGAAGGUGGUGAGAAGGAGAAGUGGAGCCAUCGUCUGGAGAAACUCAGACUGUCACGAUCCCCUCCUCCUGUCCUCACCCCAGCCGCCGUCAGCUCUCACUCCUCUUCCGCACUGCCUCCAAGCAGCGCCGCCGCCGCUGCCAUGGGCCCUCCGAGGAAGGUAGGCCGGCUGGUGCGGGAGGGCGGAGUGAGCGUCAGUUCAUCCAGCGACGAGUUAAGUGCGAGCCACAGCUUUUCUGGUUUCUCGUUUGGUCUGCUGCAUCAUGGUACAGACAAUAACAACGCUGCUUCAGCUUCAUCUGCCGCAGCUCAGGCAGGUCCAGUGCAGCCUCUGGCCAGCGGAGGGAACGUCCCCUGGAGAGGAGGACGCUGGCAUAAAUGUCGUCUGGUCCUCAGAGAGAGGGACAGAGAAGGUGGUGAGCGGGGAGAAGAGUACUAUUUGGAAUUCUUCAUUCCACCUAAAUCGUCGAAGCCCCGACUGACGGUCCCCUGCUGCUCAAUCGUGGAUGUUAGGAGCACGACGGCGCUGGAGGUCCCUGACAAAGAGAACACCUUUCUACUGCAGCUGGAAGGCUCGGCGCAAUAUGUGAUCGAGACCCGUGACGCUGUACAGAUGAGAGCCUGGCUGAGUGACAUCAGGAACGGCAUCUGUCUCAGUGAGCAGGAAGAUGCUGAAGGUGUGUGUGUGGGGCCUCUGGACAUCAGUGGGACACCUGAGAUCGUUGACCGUCUUUCACAAGUGUGUUACGGAGGCAUCGGAGGCUCCUCACCUCUGAUGGAUCCUCUCCCACCAGAGCUGCCACCUCGAGCCCCUCUCGACGAACCGGACAGCAGGAUUCUUGUAGGAGGCGGGGCUGGCCUGGGCACACCUUUUGCUGAGACGCCAGAUGCCACAGGGUCCUUCCUGUUCUCGGAGACGACGACUGCGGAGGCAGUGGAGCACCCGCUCAGCGAGUGCCAGUGGUUCCAUGGCACCCUGUCGCGUCUCAAAGCUGCUCAGCUGGUGUUGGCUGGAGGACCCGCGAGCCACGGCGUCUUCCUGGUUCGCCAGAGCGAGACACGGCGCGGAGAAUAUGUCCUCACCUUUAACUUCCAGGGCAAGGCCAAGCACCUCCGUCUGUCCCUGAACGAGGAUGGUCAGUGUCGAGUGCAGCACCUUUGGUUUCAGUCCAUCUUUGACAUGCUGGAGCACUUCCGGGUGCAUCCAAUCCCGCUGGAGUCCGGUGGCGCCUCAGACGUCACCCUCAUCAGCUUCGUGGGUGCCACUGCUGUUCGACAGCCAGGCCGAGACAGGGCAGGCAGUCGGCCUACAGUCUGUGAUGUCAUCACCACGCGCCAUCCCGACUCUCCAUCAACCCCCAUCUCUGACUGUGUACUUGACCAGCAGACCCCGUAGCCCUCCUCAGCCUCCUCCCCUGCCGCCAGGCCGGCCGCCGCCCCCGACUCCUCCGCAGGAGAGAGGAAACGAGACAGAGGUGGGAGGAGGAGGAGGAGGAGGAGCAAGCAUGAUGACAGUGACAACAACGGGAGGAGGAGGAGC